AUGGGCAACGUGCCGUCGGCGGUGAAGCACUGCCUCAGCCACCAGCACCUCCUCAAAGAGCAGCUGUGGGUCGGGGAGUCCGCGCUGCAGCCCCCCGCGCAGGAAUUGCUCACAAGUGGAUUUCCUGAAUUUGUUAAGAUAGUAGAAGUUGGUCCAAGAGAUGGAUUACAGAAUGAAAAGGCUAUAGUUUCUACAGAUGUCAAAAUCGAGUUAAUCGACCGACUUUCUAAAAGUGGUUUGCCUGUCAUAGAAGUGACGAGCUUUGUUUCUUCAAAAUGGGUACCUCAA